AUGGCCGCCCAAGGCUACUACAACGGCGCGCACAGUAACCCUCCUGCAUACGACCACCACGAACCGCCCACCGAGUCGUUCAACAGGGUCUCGCCCUCACCCCGUCCGAGCCCCAGUCCCGUGGGAUUCAGUCACAACGCCGCUCCUUACUACCAGUCUCCAGAUGAUCUCCACGAUCCGCAUCACCUUCGUUACAGCCAGCAAUCCAUCGGCUCGGACAGCGGGGCAUAUGUUGCUGGAGGGAGGAUAAAUGAGAACGACCAGUAUGCAGAAAAUAUCCCUCUGAAGUCCGCAAAUCCAUACGACAAUCAGCCUCCAUACGACCAUCCACCUCCGGGUCAGCCUUGGAUGCAGCAACCCACUCACUAUGCGCCGGACCCUGCCAUGAUGGAAACGCAGACGCAUCCUCCGCAGAAAAAGAAAAAGGGCUUCUUCAAGAAGAAGAUCGCUUUUGUCACUUAUAUUUUAACGGCCGCUCAGAUUAUUGUGUUUAUUGUCGAGUUGGUAAAAGCUGCCCAACUUACUGGGACACCGGUCCAAACGAAACCGCAAUUCAACCCGAUGAUCGGUCCAUCGCCAUACGUCCAAAUCAACUUGGGUGCGAGAUAUGCCCCUUGCAUGAAGAACGUCCCUCAUGUCCAGAACAAUACCAAUCCCAACGGGUUCUUCUUUCCCUGUCCGAAUACUACAAGUACUGAGGCGGCAUGUACACUCUCCGAACUGUGCGGUUUUAGCGGAGUUCCGAACCCAGUACCCAACGGUUCUCUCGACGAUAAGCCUGCCCCGAAUCAGUGGUACCGUUUCAUCAUCCCCAUGUUCCUUCACGGUGGGUUCAUUCACAUCGGUUUUAACCUCCUGGUCCAAAUGACUAUGGGUGCGGAUAUGGAACGGAUGAUAGGAUGGUGGCGAUAUGGGUUGGUAUACUUCUCCAGCGGAAUUUGGGGGUUCGUCCUUGGAGGGAACUACGCCGGUCAGGGAGAACCGUCUAGUGGUUGUUCCGGUGCGCUUUUCGGAAUUCUCGCGCUCUUCAUAUUGGAUCUUCUCUACGGAUGGAAGGAUCGUGAGAGCCCUUGGGUGGAGUUUAUCAUUAUGAUUCUCGGUAUUGCAGUCUCUUUUGUGCUGGGCCUGCUGCCGGGGUUGGACAACUUUUCCCAUCUUGGCGGAUUCACCAUGGGCCUUGCGCUUGGACUGUGCGUUAUGAGGUCUCCGAAUGCACUGCGUGAGCGUAUUGGACUCGCGCGCAGCCCUUAUGUCGCCAUGAGCGGCGGCGUUGCCACAGAAAACCCCGACCCGGCCGCAAACAAGGCGGAUGGUUCCAACUAUGGCGGUUUCAGCAAAUACAGCCCCAAGGGCUUUUUUGCCGGCCGGAAACCUCUAUGGUGGGCUUGGUGGUUGGUCCGCUUGGGCGCGUUGGUUGCCGUUGUUAUUGGCUUCAUCCUGCUCAUCAUAAACUUUUACAAGUAUCCGAGCUCAAAUUGCUCCUGGUGCUACAGAUUCAGUUGUCUGCCCGUCAAUGGCUGGUGCGAACAAGGAAAUCUGAACCCUACCACCCAGAAAACCACCAAUUCCCCCAAUUAG